CAUAAAAAAAGUCACGUGUAAUACACAAUGUAUUACACACAAAAUUACAAACGCGUGAUAUCUAAUAUUCAUAAACAUCACUUUACGUGCACUGACCAACAAUAACUGAUAGGUUAAAUAAGAAUUCGCCGGCUGUUUAAGCAAGCUCUUCAUAGUUCAGACAGUUGUUGUGGUUAACAAUCUGGGAUUUUACUCGGUCAUCGGGUUCAAAUAUGUACCCAAAACACAAAAGACUGCUCCGAUCUCAGCGGCUUUUUCUGGCCGAGGAGAUUUUAGUGGACGACAUGAUCAUACAGUAUUUAUACCAGGAGGAGAUCUUAACGGAGAGUCAUUUAGAGGAGAUUAGGUCGGAGUCGUCUAACAGGAAAAAAACGCUCAAGCUGCUGGAUGUUCUGCCCACGCGGGGUUCGCACGCCUUCCAUCACUUUAUUCAGUCAUUAGAGAAAGAUUUUCCCUGGAUCAAGGACAAAUUACUGGGACUGUGUGCUGAAGACAGCGAGCCUCCUCUUCCGUCCUUCUCAGUUCAGUGUGGUGUUCCUGACCACAUCCUUCCGACUGUUCCAACCUCGCAGCAUCUGAACCGCUUGGCCGCUCAUCUCAGUUCAGAGUGGAAGUCUGUGCUGCUGGACUUGGGUCUGACCUCAGCGGAUCUGUACCGGUGCUGCGCCGACCACCCCCUCGCGGUUCAGAGUCAGGUGCUCGCUGGGCUGGUGAUGUGGACGCAGAGGAACGGAAGAGAAGCCACAGUGCGGCUGCUGCUCCAGAGCCUGCAGGCCGCAGACAUCCCGCCAUCUGUCCUCCAACAGGUGUUUGUGUGACAUAACAAGUUGUGUUUUUCUGGACUUCAUACUGCUCUUGAGCUGUGGAAAACACGACAGACACUGAAGGAGGAGAAACAGACAGUCAUUGCGUGACUUUUUGUAUUUUGUUACAGGAAUGUACUGAAACUUCAUUAUACAUGUAAUAUGGCUAGGAAAAUUAUGAAAUUGAUCAUGUCAUACUGUUUUUAUGCCUUUUAAUAUUAAAAUAUUUUUUUUU